GAGGCUGCGCGCGGGGCUGUGCGCCCGGCACUUGUCAGACGCUCCCUUAGCGCCCGCAAGAAACGAGCGAUGUUUCGCUUCGCGGCACCGCCGGCACUUGGCAGACGCUCCCCGGAGCCGUUCCUUCGCUUUCGCUCCGCGCCGGAAACGGCAGACGCUCCCUAACCCCUCCGGCGCAGGGAGGCGGGGGGGGGGGGGGGUCAGGUAAACAGCCAAGAUGGCGGCGGCGGAGACCCCGGGCCCGGAGAUCCCCGGAGCAGCGACGGAACCGGGGGGUCCGCGGGGUUCUUCGGAGGCUGAGAGCGAAGGGAUGAGCCUGACGGACCUGCCAGGCGAGCUGCUGGAGCUGAUCCUCUGCUGCGACGUCCUGGGAGCCGCCGACAUCGGGCGGGUGUCGUGCACCUGCCGGCGGCUGCGUGAGGCGUGUCAGCCCCGCGGCAAGGUCUGGCGGGAGCGGUUCCGCCUCAGGUGGCCAUCUCUGCUGAAAUACUACAGCCACACAGACAGUGUUUGCUGGCUUGAGGAGUACAAAGCAAGGCACAAUGCAGGUCUGGAGGCCCAGAGGAUUGUAGCUUCAUUCUCCAAAAGGUUCUUCUCAGAACAUGUCCCCUGUGAUGGAUUCAGUGACAUUGAGACUCUGGGAUGCCCAAGUCAUUUCUUUGAGGAUGAGUUGAUGUGUAUCCUUAACAUGGAAGGAAGGAAAGGUCUCACCUGGAAGUACUAUGCAAAGAAAAUUUUAUACUUCCUGAGGCAACAGAACAUACUAAAGAAUCUGAAGGAGUAUCUUCAGCGCCCCACUGAUCAGCAGUCAUUUUUGGAGGGUGCUGUUUUAAUUGACCAAUACUGUAACCCACUGUCAGACAUCUGCUUAAAAAGUGUCCAGGCACAGGUGGAUGAUAUCACUGAUAAAGUUCGUAAAGUCCUGAGGACCAAAAAUCCAAGGCACCCCAGCGUGGCUUCCAAGGCAGGAGAGGUCCUGAUUCCAGAAGUGGAGCUUCAGAGGCAGGUACUUGAUGCUAUGAAUUGUGUCCUGUAUGAGCAGUUAAAAUAUAAAGGAAACGAGCUGGAUUACUAUAACUCCCUGAAUUCCUACAUUCACCAGGUUUUGAUCCGCAGGACAGGAAUUCCCAUCAGUUUGUCUGUGCUGUAUUUAACAAUUGCCAGGCAGCUGGGAGUCAAACUGGAACCAGUCAACUUCCCAAGCCACUUCCUGCUGCGAUGGUGCCAAGGAAAAGAGGGGAGCACAGAUAUUUUUGACUACACCUACAUCGAUGCCUUUGGGAAGGGGAAGCAGCUGACAGUGAAGGAGUGUGAGUACCUGAUUGGGCACCAUGUGACAGAGGAGUUCUAUGGAGUGGUGACUUCAAAAGAGGUCUUGCAACGGAUGGUGGGAAACCUUUUGAACCUUGGCAAGAGAGAAAGCACUGAUCAGUCCUACCAGCUCUUGAGAGACUCCUUGGAUCUAUACCUGGCCAUGUAUCCAGACAAUGUGCAGCAUCUCAUGCUCCAGGCUAGGUUAUACUUCCACCUGGGAAUCUGGCCAGAAAAGGUUCUGGACAUCUUGCAGCACAUUCAUACCUUGGAUCCAUCCCAGCACAGGGCUGUGGGGUACUUACUUCAGCACACCCUGGACCACAUCGAGCGCCGGAAAGAGGAGGUGGGACCCGAGGUGAAGCAUCGUUCAGAUGAGAAGCACAAAGAAGUCUGCUAUUCCAUUGGGUUGAUUAUGAAACACAAGAGGUAUGGCUAUAACUGUGUGAUUUAUGGCUGGGAUCCUGCCUGCAUGAUGGGGCACGAGUGGAUCCGGAAUAUGAACGUCCACAGCCUCCCCCAUGGCCCCCACCAGCCCUUCUACAACGUCCUCGUGGAGGAUGGCUCCUGCAGAUAUGCUGCCCAAGAGAACCUGGAAUAUAACUCUGAGCCUCGGGAGAUCCCUCACCCCGACAUUGGCCGCUAUUUUUCUGAGUUCAGUGGCACUCACUACCUGGCAAAUACUGAGCUAGAAAUUCGGUAUCCAGAGGAUUUGGAGCUGACACGUGCCACAGUUCAGAAGAUCUACAGCUCAGGCAAGGAGUGAGUGCAGAAAAACCAUCAUAAGGACAGAAGCAGCUGGAGUGUAGCUUUACCCUCUUUGCAAAACUUGCAUGGAAGGCAAGUUUGGUGACAAUCCUUUGGCUUCAUGCAUUGAAAACUGCACUGAACUUUGUAACUGGUGCUAUAGCAUCUGCCCUUUGCCUGCCUGCCCAUUCUGGCCCAAAGGCACAGGGACACACUGGUAGUUGAGGCCAAAUGUAAGGAUCUUGAAGGGAUGGCCAUGCUGGGACAUGUGUUGUCCUUGGGAAGGAUUUGCACGGUCUGUGAUUGUCUUGCCUAGAAGGUUAAAGCAGCAAGAUCCCUGGUGUGGAAUAUGGAAGAACCCCCCCCCUUUCCAGAGAAGGAAGCUGCUUGCCCUUGCAGUGUUGUGGGGUUUUUGUUUGACUGUAUUUUGGUUUGUUUUUUGGUUUUGUUUUUUAAUGUACCUCUCCUGCAGGUGAUAGUUUUUAAAAGUCUCCUACUUUUCACUGUUGUCUUCUCCAGUUUGAAUUUUUGGUCAGGUUUUUCUUGACCUCCUGUAGUCUGAUUGUUCACAGAGCUGCUGUUGAAAUUCCAAUAUCCUGGGAAGAGCCCCAGCAACAAAGCCAGGAGCAGCCAGCUUUGGGUGGCAAGCGCUGAGGUCCAGUUGGCCACCUCACUGAUGAUACCAGCUCUCCUCAUGCAGAAGAUGAGCUUCUACUCCUUUCUCAUGCCUGCUAAACACACCCAGCCCAUGUUCUUAGCUUGUUUUUUCAGUCUGUUUAUCAUCCCUGUCCAAGGCAGGAUCUGUGGCACAGCUGUGAGUGCUCCAGGAUGAUUCUGAACCUCGUGUCACUGUUUCAUGGAAACCUUUAGGUCACUGCCAAAAUGACUUCUGGUGUACAGGGAGCUUCCACUCACUGCCAUCUCCAUUCCAUAGGUAUUUAUGCAAUACAGUGGGAUUGUGACUGGAAACACAGCCCUGGAAUCAGCCAAACCACUUGUGGAAGGCAGGUGCUCGUUCUUGCAGCUUGAGGCCUUCUUCCUUUUUGCCAAAAGUGAACAGAUUUUGGGGGGAACACACACCCCACUGCCCAGAAGGGAAGAGCUUUAGCAGCUCAAGGCACAGGAUUUUCACCUAAAGGCCCAGACACAACCACUACAGAAAAAAAAAGAUUUUCCUCUGGGCUGAAGUAUUAUGAGAUGCAGAGUGCUACAGUGUUUGUGCACACACAGAGCCUGUGUAUCUUUGUGGUUUCUGAAGCAACAUCUGUAGUCCAGCAGCAGCUCCUGUCUCCUGUCACUGUCCAGUUACAAUGCAGUAGUUACACCAGAAGUGAGAAUUAGGCACUGUAGAGUUAGGUGGAUGCUCUUAGUCUAUUAUAGCACUUCAGGUAUUGCCACGUGAAAUCACAUAGCCCUCCUCUUAAAAAUAAAAAAAAUAAUGCUUGACCUGCAUGCCAUCCUAUUGAACUGUUGAGCACUGGUUAAAUAUGAGAAAUAAAUGCUGAAAGCCCAGCACU